AUGCUGGACUCCUCGGUGGCAGAUCGGUUGACUCGGCUGACCCUGAAACUCCUGGAGAAGAAACUGAAGCAAGAGCGCGAGGAUGUGGAAGCGGAUUCUGAGGACCCCCAUCUCACGCCCGGAAAUGAGGAUGGGCCAGAGGCCGCCCUGCGGAGCGCUCUGAGGAUGAGGAAGGACCUUCUGCAGAGACUCUGGGAACAGCACCUCCUGGAAGAGGUCUCCCGGGCCCGUGCCUGGAGGGGGCUGGACGGAGGAGCCCGUGGGUCAGUGCGGCCCCCAGAGGUGCCCCCCGUGGGUGUCCACCCCGCUGUCUCCCCGGCCCCACCCACCCUGGACCCACCACAGAUCACCCAACACCCAGCACCCCCACCUCCCACCGCCAUCAUCCAGCAGCUGCCUCAGCAGCCACUCGUCGCACAGAUCCCCCCUCCCCAGGCCUUCCCCACUCAGCAGUCAGGAAGCAUCAAGGAAGACAUGGUGGCGAUGAUGCUGAUGCAGAGCGCGCAGAUGCACCAGAUCCUCACACAGAACCUGAUGCUUAGAGCCCUGCCCCCAUCAGCACUGGCGCCCGCGCCCCUGCGCCUCCCCGACCCGCAGUGGGCUCGCCCCGCCGCCCUGCGAGCCAAGAGGCAGAAGCCGCCCUCUGUGUACCACCAUUACCACUACGCGCCCCCAGCCCCGCUGCAGGCCAGCCCCACGCCUGGCUCCCCAGCGGGUUACUCCACGUGGCCCCCGGUGGUCUCCACCACUGCCCUCCCUCCUGCUGCCAGCUUCCUGCCCACCGUGUGGCACGUGGCCGGUCCCUCAGUGGCCGCCCUUAGCACGGCGGCGUCCGACGGUGUCCUCCCAACACAGGCUCCAGGCCUGUGACCCCACGGCGGGCUCGGGAGACACGGCUCACGAGCCAGGAGAGGAGAGGUCGACUGAUGUAGCCA